GGUCGGCGAGCAGAGCCCGGCGCUGGCGGAGGCUGCGAGCGAGCGGCGCGCGCACACUCUGCGCGACUGACGCGGCGAUGGGACACCUGUGGCUCUUGGGAACCUGGGGCCUCUGGGGGCUGCUCCUGUGCGCCGCAGACCCCCGCGCAGAUGGCUCUAAAAUAAUUCCCAAAGUCACAGAAAUAAUACCUAAAUAUGGCAGCAUAAAUGGAGCGACAAGGCUGACUAUCAAAGGAGAAGGUUUUGCUCAAGCAAACCAGUUUAACUAUGGAGUUGAUAAUGCUGAGUUGGGAAACAGUGUGCAAUUAGUUUCUUCUUUCCGAUCAAUUUCUUGUGAUGUAGAAAAAGAUUCAAGUCAUUCAACUCAAAUUACGUGCUAUACUAGAGCAAUGCCAGAAGAUUCCUACACUGUUAGAGUCAGUGUGGAUGGGGUUCCUAUUACAGAAAGUAAUACCUGCAGAGGUCGCAUCAACAGCUGGGAAUGCACCUUCAAUGCAAAAAGUUUCAGAACCCCAACGAUAAAGAGCAUCACACCUUUAUCUGGGACUCCAGGCACACUAAUAACUAUCCAAGGCAGAAUCUUCACUGAUGUCUAUGGAAGUAACACUGCAUUAAGCUCAAAUGGGAAAAAUGUUAGGAUUUUGAGAGUUUAUAUUGGAGGAAUGCCCUGUGAGCUUCUCAUACCACAAUCUGAUAAUUUGUAUGGUCUAAAAUUAGAUCAUCCAAAUGGAGACAUGGGUUCUAUGAUUUGUAAGACGACUGGAACUUACAUUGGUCAUCACAAUGUCAGCUUCAUCUUGGAUAGUGAUUAUGGAAGGAGUUUCCCACAAAAAAUGGCAUAUUUUGUUUCUUCUCUAAAUAAAAUUUCAAUGUUUCAAACAUAUGCAGAGGUCACUAUGAUUUCCCCUUCACAAGGAAGCAUUCAAGGUGGCACCGUGCUAACGAUAAGUGGACAGUUCUUUGAUCAGACAGAUUCCCCUGUCAGGGUUCUUGUUGGAGGUCAAGCCUGCGAUAUUUUGAAUGUCACAGAAAACAGCAUAUGCUGCAAGACACCCCCUAAGCCUGAAGUUCUCAGAACUGUCUAUCCAGGUGGGAGAGGCCUAAAGCUUGAGGUAUGGAAUAAUAGUCGGCCAGUGCACCUUGAAGAGAUACUUGAAUACAAUGAAAAAACGCCAGGGUACAUGGGGGCCAGUUGGGUAGAUUCAACUUCCUAUAUUUGGCCCAUGGAGCAAGACACGUUUGCUGCACGCUUUAGUGGAUUUUUGGUGGCUCCAGACUCUGACGUUUAUAGAUUCUACAUCAAAGGUGAUGACCGUUAUGCUAUUUAUUUCAGCCAAACUGGACAUCCAAAAGAUAAGGUGAGGAUUGCAUAUCAUUCUUCCAAUGCCAAUGGUUAUUUUUCCAGUCCAACACAAAGAUCAGAUGACAUUCAUCUUCAGAAAGGAAAAGAAUAUUACCUUGAAAUCUUGCUGCAGGAGUAUAGGCUGAGUGCCUUCGUUGAUGUUGGUCUGUACCAGUAUAGAAAUGUUUAUACAGAACAGCAGACAGAAGAUGCAGUGAAUGAAGAACAAGUUAUCAGAUCCCAGUCGACAAUUGUCCAGGAAGUGCAGGUUAUAACAUUGGAAAACUGGGAAACAUCUAGUGCAACUAAUGAAGUUCAGAGGAUCACGGUAACCAGCCCGUGCGUGGAAGCUAAUUCGUGUUCACGCUACCAAUAUAGAUUAAUCUAUAACAUGGAAAAAACUGUCUUGCUACCUGGAGAUGCUUCUGACUUCAUACUGCAAUCAGCUUUAAAUGACCUCUGGUCUAUAAAACCAGAUACAGUUCAAGUAGUAAGAACACAAAACCCCCAAAGCUAUGUUUACAUGGUAAUUUUUAUAUCAACUCGAGGAGACUUUGAUCUGCUUGGUUAUGAAGUGUUUGAAGGGGACAACAUCACACUGAAUAUUACAGAACAAAUCAAAGGAAAACCCAGUUUGGACACAUUCACACUGAACUGGGAUGGGAUCACUUCUAAGCCUCUGACCGCAUGGUCAUCAGAAGCUGAAUUUCAGGCAGCCGUGGAAGAAAUGGUUACCGCCAAGUGUCCACCACAAAUUGCAAAUUUUGAAGAAGGAUUUGUUGUGAAAUACUUUAGAGAUUAUGAAACUGAUUUUAACCUGGAACAUGUUAACAGAGGGAAGAAGACAGCUGAAACUGAUGCUUACUGUGGUCGGUAUUCCCUGAAAAGCCCAGCUGUUCUUUUUGACUCAGCAGAUGUUAAACCAAACAGACUACCAUAUGGAGACAUUUUAUUAUUUCCUUAUAAUCAGUUAUGUUUGGCAUACAAAGGAUUCCUGGCAAAUUAUAUUGCUCUGAAAUUCCAAUACCAAGACAGAAGCAAGUUUACUAGAAGCAAUGAUAUACAAUUUACAUAUAAUUUUACUAAUGGAAACAACUGGACCUAUGCGUGCAUAGACCUUCUGGACCUCAUACAAACCAAAUACACUGGGACAAAUUUUUCUCUUCAGAGGAUUGGUUUACAGAAAGUGUCAGAAUCACAGUCCUUCUAUGUAGAUGCAGUAUACAUUGGACAGACAUCUACAGUCUCGGCAUGGGAUGAAAUGCCAAAGAGAAGACUUCCAGCAUUAGCAAGUAAAGGGAUAUUUUUAAAGCACUUUCAAGUGAAUCACACCAAAAUUAAUGGAUCAAGUAUGACCAACCAAUAUUCUAUCACCAUGACUUCAUAUAAUUGCAGUUAUAAUAUACCCAUGAUGAGUGUGAGCUUUGGGCAGAUAAUCACAAACGAGACAGAGAAUGAGUCUGUUUACAGAGGAAAUAAUUGGCCAGGGGAGUCAAAGAUUCGUAUUCAAAGAAUUCAAGCCGCGUCCCCACCUCUAAGUGGCAGUUUUGACAUUCAAGCUUAUGGACACAUCCUCAAAGGCCUUCCUGCCAUGGUAUCAGCUGUGGAUUUACAAUUUGCACUCCAGAGCGUGGAAGAAGUGGGCCGUGUCUCAGUGACACGUGAAGGAACCUGCGCUGGAUACUCAUGGAACAUCAAGUGGAGAAGCACAUGUGGAAAGCAGAAUCUUCUACAGAUUAAUGACUCCAAUAUUAUUGGAGAAAAGGCUAAUAUGACAGUUACGAAGAUAAAGGAAGGUGGCUUAUUCAGACAACGCAUACUUGGAGACCUACUUCGUACACCCAGCCAACAGCCACAGGUUGAAGUCUAUGUCAAUGGAAUUCCAGCUAAAUGUUCGGGUGACUGUGGGUUUACGUGGGAUCCCAUGGCCACUCCAUUAGUAUGGGCCAUAAACCCGUCUCAAGGGACCUAUGAAGAAAGCACAAUUCUAACCAUAUCAGGCUCUGGAUUUUCUCCCAAUUCAACUAUAUCAGUCUCAGUUGGACCAAUGGAUUGCUCUCUUCUUUCUGUGGUUGAAAAUGAGAUCAAGUGCCAGAUUCUGAAUGGAAGUUCUGGCCAUUUCCCAGUUGCUGUGUCCAUAGCUGAUGUUGGACUAGCACGGAAUGUAGAGGGUCAGACAUUCCAUUUCAUGUAUCAGAAUCGGAUCUCACACAUCUGGCCUGCUUCUGGCAGCCUGGCAGGUGGUACUCUUCUGAGUGUAUCUGGAUUUGGCUUUAAUGAAAAUUCAAAGGUAUUAGUUGGAAAUGAAACCUGCAAUGUGAUUGAAGGGGAUUUGAAUAAGAUAACCUGCAGAACACCAAAAAGAAUUGAGGGUACAGUUGAUAUUUCAGUUAUUACCAAUGGAUUUCAAGCCACAGCAAAGGAUGCUUAUAGUUAUAAUUGUUUACAGACUCCAGUUAUAACUGAUUUUAGUCCAAAAGUACGAACGAUACAAGGAGAAGUUAAUUUAACAAUUAAGGGUUAUAACUUUGGAAAUGAAAUCACACAAAACGUGGAGGUAUAUGUUGGAGGAAAACCCUGUCAGAUUUUUCAGUGGAACUUCACAGAUAUUAGAUGUCUUUUGCCCAAGUUGUCUCCUGGAAAACAUGAUAUCUAUGUAGAAGUCAGAAACUGGGGCUUUGCAUCAACAAGAGACAAGUUGAAUGCUUCUAUACAGUAUACUUUGGAAGUGACUGCCAUGUUUCCACAGAGGGGCUCUUUAUAUGGUGGAACUGAAAUCACUAUAAUGGGUUUGGGGUUCAGCACAAUACCAACUGAGAAUACCGUGCUCUUAGGGUCCUUCCCUUGUGAUGUGAUUUCAUCAUCAGAAAAUGUCAUAAAAUGUAUUCUUCAUUCAACAGGGAAUACAUUCAGGAUUACCAGUAUUGGAGAAGAUUCAGGUUAUGCCUGGUCACCAUCAGUCUUAAAUAUAUCUGUGGGAGACACAGUGACGUGGCAUUGGCAAGCACAUCCAUUUCUUAGGGGAAUAGGAUAUAGGGUUUUCUCUGUAUCCAGCCCUGGAAGUGUAAUUUAUGAUGGCAAAGGAUUUACGAAUGGAAGAGAAAAAUCUGCAUCAGGUUCAUUUUCUUACCAAUUUACUUCACCUGGAAUCCAUUAUUACAGCAGCGGGUAUGUUGAUGAGGCUUGCUCCAUUUUUCUCCAAGGAGUCAUUAAUGUUUUACCAGCUGAAACCAGGCACAUUCCCCUGCACCUGUUUGUGGGUAGCGCCGAAGCCACAUAUGCUCAGGGACCUGUGAAUUUGCACUUGGGGAGCUCUGUGGCAGGCUGCCUAGCAACAGAACCCUUGUGUGGCCCCAACAAUACCAGGGUUAAAAACUCAGAUGGAUUGGUCUUUGAGCUUUCAAGUUGUUUUUCACCAUCUAUAAACAACAUUAGUCCAUCUGCUGGAACACGAAAUGAAUUGAUAACAAUUACUGGACAUGGCUUCAGUAAUCUCACAUGUGCUAAUAAGGUUACAAUUGGUAGCUACCCCUGUAUUGUAGAAGAAAGUAGUGACAGUUCAAUUAUAUGUCAUAUUGACCCUCAAAACUCGAUGGAUGUUGGCAUCAGGGAAAUUGUCACAUUAACUGUCUACAACCUGGGCACGGCUAUCAAUACGCUGUCCAAUGAAUUUGACAGGCGAUUUGUACUUUUGCCAAACAUCGACACGGUGUUGCCAAAUGCAGGAUCAGCUACAGGAAUGACAAGAGUGACCAUAAAAGGCUCUGGAUUUGCAGUUUCUUCUGCAGGUGUAGAAGUCUUCAUGGGUCAUUUUCCCUGUAAAAUUCUAUCAGUGAGUUAUACAGUCAUCAAGUGUGAAACAUCUCCUGCUCCCCAACAGCUCGUGAAAGUGGAUCUUCUGAUACAUGGAGUGCCUGCCCAGUGUCAGGGAAACUGCAGCUUUUCAUACUUAGAAAGCAUCACUGCCGUUGUAACAAGAAUCUUCCCAUACUCUGUUGAGGGACCUGUAAAAGUUCUUAUUGAAGGAGGAGGUUUUGACACUACCUUGGAGGACAUUGCUGUUUUCAUUGGAAACCAACGGUUCAGAGCAGUAGAUGUUAAUGAAAAUAACAUCACUGUUCUUGUGAGUCCCCUCCCAGCUGGACUUCAUUCUCUUAGUGUUGUGGUGGGAAGUAAAGGCUUGGCUCUGGGAAACCUUACUGUUAGCAGCCCCGCGGUAGCAUCUGUCACACCAGCUUCUGGAAGCAUUGCUGGUGGAACUAUAUUGGUGACCACGGGAAAUGGCUUCUCCCCAGGCAAUACCACAGUCACUGUUGGGGAUGAACCUUGUGAAAUUAUUUCUGUCAACUCCAGUGAAGUCCACUGCUACACCCCAGCAGGGACAGCUGGAAGGGUCAGUGUGAAGAUCUUUGUUAAUGCAGUUGCCUAUCCACCUCUGUCAUUUACGUAUGCCUUGGAAGAUACUCCACUUCUCAGAGAAGUUGUCCCAAAUACAGGUCCACCAGGAACCAAAAUUCAAAUCACUGGAUCUAAUUUUGGUAUUGAUAUCUUGGACAUUUUGGUAAUGAUAGACAACAUUCUGUGUAACGUAACCACGGUCAAUGAUAGCGUAUUGCAGUGCGUCAUUGGAGAUCAUGCUGGUGGCACUUUUCCUGUUACGAUGCAUCAUAAGACAAAAGGCUUUGCCGUGUCCACAGUUGUAUUUGAGUACCCACUUGCUAUUCAAAAUAUUCAUCCAAGCCAAGGAAGCUUCGGUGGUGGUCAGACCAUGACUGUGACUGGCACCGGGUUUAAUCCACAAACCUCAACUAUAUUGGUGUGUGGCUCAGAAUGUGCAGUUGACAGGCUUAAAUCUGAUCGCACAACACUAUUAUGUAAAAUUCCACGUAACGAUGGCAGAGGACCUGAGCAAGCCUGUGAAGUGAGUGUGGUCAACGGGAAGGAUUUGUCACAGUCCACGACGCCUUUUACGUAUACCAUGUUACUGACUCCACUCAUCGCCGAAAUAUAUCCCAAGAGAGGCAGUACAGCAGGGGGCACGAGACUUACAAUCACGGGAUCAGGCUUCAGUGAAAAUAUGCAAGAUGUUCUCAUCACCAUAGCCGAAGCCAAAUGUGAUGUUGAGUAUUCCAACAAGACAUAUAUCAUCUGUAUGACAAAUGCCCACACCUCUUCAGGGUGGGCUCCAGUGUGUGUCAACAUCAGAAGCAUUGGCAUGGCCAGACUGGAUGAUUCUGACUUCCUGUAUAUUGAUGUUUGGUCCUCCAACUUCUCAUGGGGAGGAAAAUCUCCCCCAGAGGAAGGGUCUCUAGUUGUUAUUACAAAAGGACAGACAAUUUUGCUGGAUCAAAAUACACCUAUUCUGAAAAUGUUGCUUAUUCAGGGUGGCACUCUAAUAUUUGAUGAAGCUGACAUUGAACUGCAGGCAGAAAAUAUUCUAAUUACGGAUGGAGGCAUUCUUCAGAUUGGGACGGAAGCAUCCCCAUUUCAACACAGGGCAGUCAUUACUUUGCAUGGACACCUGCGAUCUCCCGAGCUCCCAGUAUAUGGCGCCAAAACUCUGGCCGUGCGAGAGGGAAUCCUGGAUCUGCAUGGUCUGCCUGUUUCUGUGAUCUGGACUCAUCUGGCUCAUACUGCAAAGGCAGGAGAAAGAACUUUGAUUUUACAAGAAGCAGUAACUUGGAAACCAGGAGAUAAGAUUGUAAUUGCAAGCACAGGUCACAGACACAGUCAACACGAGAAUGAAAAGAGGACCAUCGCAUCUGUAUCUGCUGAUGGCCUGAAGAUAAUGCUAACUGAGCCACUGAAUUACACGCACUUAGGAAUCACCGUCAGACUCCCCGAUGGAACUCUGUUUGAAGCGAGAGCCGAAGUCGGAAUUCUUACAAGAAAUAUUUUAAUAAGAGGAUCUGAUAAUGUGGAGUGGAAUAUCAAAAUUCCAGCAUGUCCGGAUGGAUUUGACACUGGUGAAUUUGCUACACAGACAUGCUUCCAAGGAAAGUUUGGAGAAGAAAUAGGAAGUGACCAGUUUGGAGGCUGCAUUAUGUUUCAUGCUCCCAUACCUGGUGCUAACAUGGUAACUGGAAGAAUAGAAUAUGUAGAGAUAUUCCAUGCUGGCCAGGCUUUCCGGUUGGGGCGUUAUCCAAUACAUUGGCACCUGCUUGGAGAUUUACAGUUUAAAUCUUAUGUAAGAGGCUGUGCAAUUCACCAGGCCUAUAACAGAGCCGUUACUAUCCAUAACACACAUCACCUGCUGGUGGAGCGGAAUAUUAUAUAUGAUAUCAAGGGAGGAGCAUUUUUUAUAGAAGAUGGUAUUGAACAUGGCAAUAUCUUGCAGUAUAACUUGGCAGUAUUUGUGCAGCAAAGUACCAGUCUUCUGAAUGAUGAUGUGACCCCGGCUGCAUUUUGGGUAACGAACCCAAACAACACCAUACGACACAAUGCAGCUGCUGGUGGCACUCACUUUGGCUUUUGGUACCGAAUGAACAACCACCCUGAUGGGCCAUCCUAUGACCGAAACAUUUGCCAAAAAAGAGUUCCUCUUGGAGAAUUCUUUAACAACACUGUUCAUUCUCAAGGUUGGUUUGGAAUGUGGAUAUUUGAAGAAUAUUUCCCCAUGCAGACAGGAUCUUGUACUUCUACAGUGCCAGUGCCUGCGAUAUUUAAUUCACUGACUACUUGGAAUUGUGAAAAAGGAGCUGAAUGGGUCAAUGGAGGUGCCCUUCAGUUCCAUAACUUUGUGAUGGUAAAUAAUUUUGAGGCUGGAAUUGAGACCAAAAGGAUUCUGGCUCCUUAUGUUGGAGGAUGGGGUGAAACCAAUGGAGCAGUGAUUAAAAAUGCCAAAAUAGUUGGGCAUCUCGAUGAACUGGGAAUGGGGUCUGCAUUUUGCACAAGGAAAGGCCUGGUUCUCCCAUUUAGUGAAGGCUUGACUGUAUCAUCUGUACACUUUAUGAACUUUGACCGUCCCAACUGUGUAGCUUUGGGAGUGACGUCCAUCACUGGAGUUUGUAAUGAGAGAUGUGGAGGCUGGAGUGCAAAAUUUGUUGACAUCCAGUAUUUCCACACACCAAACAAGGCUGGCUUUCGAUGGGAACAUGAAGUGGUACUGAUUGAUGUUGACGGUUCACUUACAGGUCACAGAGGACACACCGUCAUUCCACACAGCUCACUGCUGGACCCUUCUCAUUGCACUCAAGAAGCCGAGUGGAGCAUUGGGUUCCCAGGGGCUGUCUGUGACACCUCAGUCAGCUUCCACCGUUUGGCAUUCAACAAACCUUCUCCAGUAUCUCUGCUUGAAAAGGAUGUGGUUCUCUCAGACUCUUUUGGCACAAGCAUUGUUCCCUUUCAGAAGAAACGACUGACUCAUAUGUCUGGAUGGAUGGCUCUGAUUCCAAAUGCAAAGCACAUUAACUGGUAUUUUAAAGAUGUAGAUCACAUAACCAACAUAUCUUAUACGUCAACAUUCUAUGGAUUUAAGGAAGAAGACUAUGUAAUCAUAUCUCAUAAUUUCACUCAAAAUCCUGGUAAGUUUAAUGUUAUUGACAUGAGGAAUGGCUCUUCAAAUCCGUUGAGUUGGAAUACUAGCAAGAAUGGAGACUGGCACCUUGAAGCAAACACAAGUACUCUAUAUUACUUGGUGUCAGGAAGAAAUGACCUUCAGCAGAGCCAGCCCAUUUCUGGGACCCUGGAUCCUGAUGUGAAAGAUGUUAUUAUUAAUUUCCAAGCUUACUGCUGCAUUCUCCAGGACUGCUUUCCUGUACAUCCCCCAUCAAGAAAACCAAUUCCCAGGAAGCGACCAGCCACAUAUAACUUAUGGUCAAAUGAUUCUUUCUGGCAAUCAUCUCAAGAAAAUAAUUAUACCAUACCUCACCCAGGAGCAAAUGUGGUUAUUCCUGAAGGAACAUGGGUUGUAGCAGACACAGAUAUUCCACCAAUGGAAAGUCUCAUUAUUUGGGGAGUUCUAGAACUGGAAGAUAAACACACUGUGGGAGCUGCAGAGUCUUCUUACAGAAAAGUUGUUCUGAAUGCUACCUACAUAUCACUUCAGGGAGGUAGAUUGAUUGGUGGCUGGGAAGAUUACCCUUUUAAAGGAGAAUUACAGAUUGUUCUUAGAGGAAAUCAUUCUACUCCAGAGUGGGCUCUUUCAGAAGGACCAAAUCAAGGAUCAAAGGUCUUAGGGGUGUUUGGUGAACUGGAUCUUCAUGGAAUUCCACGUUCAAUAUAUAAAACUAAGCUCUCAGAAACUGCAGAGGCAGGUUCCAAAGUCCUAUCUCUAAUAGAUGCUGUGGAUUGGCAGGAGGGAGAAGAGAUUGUGAUAACAACCACAAGCUAUGAUUUCCACCAGACAGAAACUAGAAGUAUCGUUAAAAUCCUGCAUGACCAGAAAAUUCUCAUUCUCAAUGAUACCCUUUCCUACACUCACCUUGCUGAAAGAUACCAUGUUCCUGGAACAGGUCAGAGCUAUACCUUAGCAGCUGAUGUUGGAAUACUGAGUAGGAACAUCAAAAUACUUGGUGAAGAUUAUCCAGGUUGGUUCAAGGAAUCUUUUGGUGCACGUGUCCUGGUCAGCUCAUUCACUCAGAAUAUGAUGACAUUUAAAGGAAAUGCAAGGAUAAGUAACGUGGAAUUUUAUCACAGUGGUCAAGAAGGCUUCAGGGAUAGCACGGAUCCAAGAUACGCCGUAACAUUUCUUAACUUAGGACAGAUUCAAGAACAUGGCUCAUCCUAUAUUCGAGGCUGUGCCUUUCACAAUGGCUUUUCCCCAGCAAUUGGUGUGUUUGGGACAGAUGGAUUGGACAUAGAUGACAACGUCAUUCACUUUACAGUGGGGGAAGGUAUAAGAAUAUGGGGGGAUGCCAACAGAGUUCGAGGAAACUUGGUUGCACUUUCAGUUUGGCCAGGAACCUACCAAAACAGAAAAGAUUUAAGUUCAACUCUCUGGCAUGCAGCAAUUGAGAUAAACAGAGGGACCAAUACAGUCUUACAAAAUAACGUCGUGGCUGGAUUUGGAAGGGUGGGAUACCGCAUUGAUGGUGAACCUUGCUCAAGUCAGUCUAAUCCCAUGGAAAAGUGGUUUGACAAUGAAGCCCAUGGAGGUUUGUAUGGUAUUUAUAUGAACCAAGAUGGCCUUCCUGGGUGUUCUCUUAUACAGGGAUUUACCAUUUGGACAUGCUGGGAUUAUGGAAUUUAUUUUCAGACCACAGAGAGUGUGCAUAUCUAUAAUGUGACUCUGGUUGACAAUGGGAUGGCCAUUUCUUCAAUGAUUUACAUGCCAGCUGCUGUAUCUCACAAAAUUUCCAGUAAAACAGUGCAGAUUAAGAGUGCAUUAAUUGUUGGAAGUAGCCCUGGAUUUAAUUGCUCUGAUGUCCUAACUAAUGAUGAUCCCAAUAUUGAACUUUCUGCCGCCCAUCGGAGUGCUAGACCUCCAUCAGGUGGGAGAAGUGGGAUUUGCUGGCCUACCUUUGCUUCAGCACAUAACAUGGCACCCCGGAAGCCCCAUGCAGGGCUCAUGAGCUACAAUGCCAUUAGUGGCCUUCUGGAUAUCUCAGGUUCAACAUUUGUUGGAUUUAAGAAUGUUUGUUCAGGUGAAACUAAUGUGAUAUUCAUUACUAACCCUUUAAAUGAAGACUUACAGCAUCCAAUCCAUGUGAAGAACAUACAGCUGGUUGAUACUACUGAACAAUCAAAAAUAUUCAUACAUAGACCUGAUAUAAGUAAGGUGAAUCCAGCUGAUUGCGUAGACAUGGUUUGUGAUGCCAAAAGGAAAUCUUUUCUUAGAGAUAUGGACGGCUCUUUUCUGGGAAAUUCUGGUUCAGUGAUACCUCAAGCAGAAUAUGAGUGGAAUGGAAAUAGUCAAUUUGGAAUUGGAGACUACAGGAUUCCUAAGGUGAUGCUCACAUUCCCAAAUGGAAGUAGAAUUCCUGUCACUGAGAAAGCACCUUACAAAGGAAUUAUUAGAGAUUCAACCUGUAAAUACAUUCCACAAUGGCAGAGCUAUCAGUGUUUUGGGAUGGAAUAUGCAAUGAUGGUUAUUGAAAGCCUGGAUUCUGACACAGAAACUCGAAGACUCUCACCAGUGGCUGUAUUGAGCAAUGGUUAUGUUGAUCUCAUUAAUGGCCCACAGGAUCAUGGCUGGUGUGCUGGAUACACAUGCCAGAGAAGGCUGUCCCUGUUUCAUAGCAUUGUGGCGCUGAACAAAUCUUAUGAAAUUUACUUCACUGGCACUAGUCCUCAGAAUCUUCGACUGAUGUUGCUUAAUGUUGACCAUAAAAAGGCUGUGGUGGUAGGAAUUUUUUUUCCCACGCUUCAGCGUUUGGAUGUCUAUGUGAACAAUGCAUUGGUUUGCCCCAAAAAUACAGUAUGGAACCCUCAACAGAAAUACUGUGAACCUAAAAGACAUCUGUACACAGAGCAAUUCCUUCCUAACCUGAAUUCCACUGUCCUUGGUGAAAACUACUUUGAUAGAACCUACCAGAUGCUUUACCUUUUGGUUAAAGGAACUAUACCUGUUGAAAUCCACACCACUGCAGUCAUAUUUGUUUCUUUCCAAUUACCUGCUGUAACAGAAGAUGACUUCUAUAGCUCUCAUAAUCUGGUUAGAAAUCUUGCCUUGUUCCUAAAGAUACCAAGUGACAAAAUCCGUGUCAGCAAAAUAAUACCAGGGGAGAGUCUGCGAAGGAAGAGAUCGAUGGGACUCACAGUGGAAUUGGAGAUUGGAGAUCCUCCUCCUCAGUUCAUAAGCAAUGAUACUGCAGGUCAGAUGCAGUUAUCUGAACUCCAAAAAAUCGCUGGCUCUCUUGGACAAGCUGUAAUUACAGGAAAAACCAGUAGUAUCCUUGGGUUUAAUAUCUCUUCCAUGUCUAUUACCAAUCCUAUCCCCAGCCCAAGUGAUUCUGCCUGGAUUAAGGUGGCCGCUCAACCAGUUGAAAGAUUUGCAUUUCCUGUUCAUCAUGUGGCCUUUGUGUCCUCGCUGUCAGUGAUCACUCAGCCGGUUGCCGCUCAGCCAGGACAGCCAUUUUCUCAGCAGCCUUCAGUAAAGGCAGUAGAUUCUGAUGGUAAUUGUGUAUCAGUUGGGAUUACUUCACUGACUUUGAAGGCCAUACUAAAGGACUCCAAUAAUAACCAAAUCAGUGGUCUGAGUGGAAAUACAACAAUUCCAUUUAGCAGCUGUUGGGCCAACUACACAGACCUUACUGUACUUAGAACAGGAAAAAAUUGUAAGAUUGAAUUUAUACUGGAUGAUGCUGUCCGGGUGGAAUCCGGGCCCCUGAGCCUCCCAGCACAGUCUGUGUCUAGUGGCGGUGGUGACAGCAGCAGUGACCGGGCGUCAGCUGUGGGCACAACUGCCCAGAUAAUGGCUCCAGUGAUUUGCUGUCUGAUGGGAAGAGUGUUGCUCUUGGAAGCAUUUAUGGCCACAGUUUUGAUUUUGAACAUAAAUCUAGGAUACAACUAAAGUGCUGUCCUGAAGAA